AGGGCAGCAUUUGCCAAAUUCAGCACCGCCGUUUGGCACCUUGAGCGAGACGAGGUAUAGAUGGCGGCCCGUUAAAUACACCUUUACAAUUCUACAUCAGCGUGCAGCGAGCUGUAGCCCCGAGGGCGGUGUGAUAUGUCAGGUGAUGCUGCCCUGCGAUGAAGAUGAAGACACUGAACCUGAAUCAGUUUGAGAGUGCACCCACACACACACGGGCCCCUAGUGGACCCUGGUGCGCUGCGUUAGCCAGCUGAACGACCAGUUUGCACUGACCUGUUAAAUGAUGUCCCACUGCGUCUGCAGGACGACCAGCAGAUAGCAGCCAGAAGGAUUCAGAGGGCCUGGAUAAGAUAUGUGUACAGAGAGGUCUUCAAGUAUUUCAAAUAUCGCAUCAGCCACUGGAACCAGCAGGAUCCACGGAGGAUGCUCAAAACUGUCAAUCCCCGAGAGGCAGAGUUGCUGGAUGCUGCUGCAGGAGUUUUCAUCAGAUUUCGACUUGGAGGGAUGACUUUUCCACCCAGCAUUUACUACAAGAUCUUCACCCAUCGGCCCAUCACAGACGUGUGUGCCAGCAGCCCAAGGAAUUACGCCCGACAAGGCCUGAAGCAGCCUGCGGCCCCGCAGUCUAAGAGGGGCCUGCCUGUUGGGCAGGAGGAUCGAUCAGGAUGGUACCAGCGGAUGGAGAACAACAGCUGGAGGCUCUUCUGCUGCAAGGUGGUGCCCACAGCUGACCCCGCGGAGGUCGGCGCCAACAAGAAGAAAGACUUCCACUAUUCCAAGUUGCAGCGGCGACGGGAUGUAGACGAGUGGAGGAAGAGGAGGAAAAUAAAAUGGCUGAUGCAGAUGUAUAACCGGGGACGUCUGCAGACUGACCCAGAGCACGGAUGCAUGGCGACGAUGGAGGAGAACUCAGCCCAGAAAGGGAUGGGCGUCACUGAGGAGAAGGGAGACGAUGAGACACCGAAGGACUGGGAGCUGGAAGAGCUGCUGGCCUGGACCAACACUCUCAACUUUGAGGAUUACAUGGAGGAGUGGAGAUGUCUGGCGUGCAGCCACUCCUCUGAGAGGAGCAUAGAUGUUCAUCCACAUCCAUCCGUGUUAGAUCCACAUGAGCCUGCUGCUGCUGCUGUUGCUGAUGAUGACGAUGAUGAUGACGAUGAUGACUGUGAUGAUGCUGCUGCUGAUGGAGACAGUUAUUAAGAGCAGAAUAAAACAAUUUAUGUCAAAAUCAAAUGUGCUGUGUGCGCUUCCAAACAAGUGGAAACAUUGUUCACUUACUCUCUGAUGUUUAUAUAUGUGUGUGUGUGUGUGCAUGUGUGUGUGUGUGUGCGUGUGUGUGUGUGUGUGUAUAUGUCUUAUCUCUUCUUUGUGUGAGAUAAUUUCUGUGACCCAAAGUCAAAUAAAAUCUAUAAUCUAACUAAUGAA